AUGGCCCGAGUCUUUGCGAUAUCUCCCCAAGCUGAUAUCAACACAUCUGAGUCUCAUUACGGCCAAACGCACACUUCUAUCAUGACUUCAUUAUCCUUAGAGACCAACAACGAUGGCAUCCGACACAUCCGCAAGGAAACCACUCUAUGGCCUGAAGUGAAGCAAUACCUGCUCUCUCGCGCCAAAUCAUCAAGAGACCCUAGCACCGUCAUCCCGCGCCCCAUGUGCGCCCUCUGUGAUGAAGCAGAGCUCGACAUCGCCGGAAUCCCGGCCACCGACAUCGACCUAGUCCGCUUCGAGGCCGCUCUCUUGCCCUGCGGACACAUGUUCUGCAUCCCUUGCCUCAAUGAAUACCAGGACAAUUUGCCGGACGCCAGCCCCUACGAUGCCGCCGUCUACAACCCCGUCUGCGGCCGCCGCCAGCUCGCGCGCGAGUACAAGUGCCCCGUGUGUCGUGCCGAUAUGCACCACAGGAAGUGCUGGUGCGAGGUGGGCGCUUGCGGCCUUCCUUCUUCUGACCUUCUCGAUGGUGGCGUCGUCGAGUCCGGAGGACAGUGGGCCCCCAGGUUGCUGCACCCUGGAGAGGUAACACAGAAUGAGAUCGAGGCAUUGGAGUGGGUUGAUCAUAACCCUGCCGUGAUGGAUAAGAACACUCGGCAGAAGCUUGUCAAGCUGGUGAACGCCGUGCCAACUACCCUUCCGGAGUGGAAGGCUGCUGUUGCCUCCAUGGACGUCGAUGAAGACGACGACGACGAUAACGGGUCAUCCGAAGACGAAGACGAAAAUGACGACGAAACUGACGACGAAGACGAAGAAGAUUGUAGCAGCAGCAGCGAUGACGACGCCGAAUAUCCCCACGAUAUCGAGAUGGUCGACCUUACCAACGAGGUCGAACUAGACUGCGGUAUUACGCAUCGGGAUAAAAUAUUCAAGAAACUCAGCAAUCGCCCCAUUGGCAUUCCCGAUGACGCUAAUUUGAACAACAAGACCUACCCCAUCGCUUUGUGGAAUCAGGUGGUUGACCCUGUGUGCUACAAAUGCCGUUGCGAUAUACUGCGCAGAUAUGACCGUGCAGAGUUGCCUUUGUUUGAGAUAAUGCCUGUUUCGUUGAGGCCCAGGUUACAAAGGAUUGAAGAGGAGGAGGAGGAGGAGGAGGAGACGUAUCCACGUGCGAGGUAA